GCAAGAGGAAAAGCAAAGAGACUACAAGCGCUCACUGGGCUCACUAGCUUUAUAUAGGGCUAAAUUUAGGGACGUGUAGUGCGUGUUUCCGCCGCUUCGUACAAUUGGUCCAGCUUUUCAGCUACAAUAUUUAUAAGGUAUAGGAACUCCUACCAAUCAAACUUUCACAUGACUCUGAAACAGUACUCGAAGUGAGAAGUAGUGGUUUAUACUACUACAAAUAGUUUCUCGUGUGGACUCCAGUCUACAUCGCGUUUGCUAAUAUUCUUAGACAGAAAUAACGUUUUUUAUUCAAGAAAAUUACAACGUAUGGAAAUGGCCUUAACCGGGACCAUUUUACCAUCCAUCGCUACAUUUGCGAACCAAAAGGAAAAAUGCUGGGAAAAUAGGUGGAAGGGAGAGAUGGACAGGCCUGUGCAUUCCAGCUGUGCUGUGGUGGAGAGCAUGGACAACUGCAUGGGCAGAAAAGACGAAGAAGAGCUCGAUAAAUUCCUGGAUCUGGAGUUUAUUCUCUCUAACUCCACGGGCACAGACAGCAACACUCCAUCCUCCGGGACGGAGUACAGGCUAGGAGAGCAGAACAACAUGUAUCACUCCGGGAUGCAGUCUACCUACCCACUGCCCGAGAUGAGCAGCCCACCUCCACCUUACAACAGUCUGAUGGCUGAGCUCCUGCGCACUGAGCUUGACAGCAGCUUCUGCCACCAGCUUUCCGGCAACAGCAUCCAUGGGAGAUUUCUAGUCAGUUCCUCUGCCUUCCCAAAUCAGGACUUUGUAGACAACAUCAAGGUCGAGCCGUCCAUGGACAGUUACGGACCGCUUAUGGGCAUGGUGCCACAGAGCUGCCCAAAGAUCAAGCAGGAGGGGAACGUUUCGUGCAUGAUGUCCUUCGAGCAGCCGAGACUAGCCAACUCUCCACAGGCUGCGGGGAACAUGACACCGCCUCUCAGCCCAGACGACCUGAUGAGCUCCGAGUGUCAGCCCCAGAUGUGCCACUCCAUGACUUUCCCCCAGAGCUACCGCUCCGCAGCGGGAUACCCUCACUCUCACCCGUCCCAACAGAUGCAGCUCCCGUACCAGAGCGCACACCAGUUCGGGAUGUAUGAAGACGGAAUGGGUAUGCAGCCCACCAACCAGAGAGUGCUACUCACUCCACCGUCCUCCCCGCUGGAGAUGAUGGACUCAAAGCCAAAGAGGGGUCGGCGCUCCUGGCCAAGGAAGCGCACAGCGUCUCACACAUGCACUUUCGCUGGAUGCGGGAAAACCUACACCAAGAGCUCGCACUUGAAAGCGCACCACAGAACGCACACCGGUGAAAAACCAUACCAUUGCAGUUGGGAGGGUUGUGGCUGGAAGUUCGCCCGCUCCGACGAGCUGACACGCCAUUUCCGUAAGCACACUGGCCACAGGCCGUUCCAGUGCCACCUGUGUGAGCGCGCCUUCUCCAGGUCCGACCAUCUCGCGCUGCACAUGAAGCGACACAUGUGAUAAAUCACAUACGAUUGAGGACUAUGCCAAAUUAACCAAGAACAACAUCAAGAAAGAUGACUCCAAAAUAUGUAUUUCGUAUUUUAGUUUAUUUAAAUUUGGAGGGAGGGGGGGGGUAAUAGGAAAACAGCAUGAGAACAUAAAACGUGGUCCGACUUGACCAAUUAACGAAUUCUAUAUACAAAUACUAUUUUUGAAAUAUGUAGCUGGUACUACUUUGUUAUUUUUUAUCGAAUAAUAUUUCUAUAAAAGGCUUUAAACAUGCAUUACACGAUGUUUGCAUUUGUGAAUUCAAGUCAACAUAUGAGGCUGGCCCUAUACACCUCUGACGCAACUGGAAUCUGACAAUCACAUGGUUUAAUAUGAUGUGUUUUGAUAGUCACGAUAGUGCCUUCGAUUACCUAUAUGCAUCCCACGAGUGCCAUAUUUUCUCAUGGCAAAAAAAAACAACGUUUAUGUGAGUGUUAUAACUGUAAACAGAACAUGAAAUAAGCUUUAAGACAAUGUUUUGAUCUAAAACUGCCUUCCAGUCUUCAGAGGCUAGAAUUGAAUGUUCUGUGUGUGCAUUUAUCUGCAUUUAUCUGUUGAAUAACAUUUGAUAUCAGGGUCUUUAAAACUAUGGAAAUAGUUGUCCAUCUCAACAUGACAAAGGGCUAAACGGUCUUGUGACUUAAAACUGUUCUGUUUGGUUUUUCUGAGUAAAUGUAUUAAUGCCAUGUAAAUACAUUUUUAUAUAAUGUAAAUAGUUUAUUCUAAUGUACAUAUUAAACUAAUUGAACAACAUUA